ACUACAUUGCGAGGCAUGAAGCUCCGAAGCCUUCUGGAGGACUUAUCUAUACACAUCCCCUCCAUCCAGGACUCCGCUUUGUUUCUGGAGCUUUCGCAUCCUACGCCGCGGAAGUUUCCACACAGACUCCGAGCCUUUGUCUAACAUCAUCCCGUGCCGUCAAGCUCCGGGGCGUGUCGACGUUUAGUUUUAGGGUUCAGAGCUCCGCCUCAUCCGCGUUGAGUCUCCUCGUGUUUCUGUUUCCUACCCUGCGUCUGAGCUUUGGGGUGGAAUCAUGCGGGGGUAAGGAAAGGAUGACGGCUAUGGAGGUCGGAGCGCGAGGAUGCGCGGCCGGGCGGGAAAAUGGCGCAGUGGCGUGGGAUCUCUGGUCGUGGUUUAAGGCGUGGCGGAGCUCUUGCGGCUGUUCCCGUCGCCGAGGUGCUAGAACCGGAGGGACGCUGCCGCAUUCGAGGUCGUGAGCCCCUGGCAGAAUUACCAGACUUCUCUCUAGAGUUGACGCUGUAGAGACGAGUUGCAACAGCGACAAGUCCGAAGACGGGGUUGAAGCAUGUCGUGGCGAGACGAGAAGGCGGAGUAUCUGCAGAAGAGCAGGGACUUCUCCUUCUUGCAGGAAGAUGGUCGGGAUCCCAGAGAAGUUCAGAGAAGCAAGAAGGGCAGUGACGAUCGGGUGCCCGACAACCAGGAGGCGCGGGACCGGUUGCUCCGACUGAAGGCUCUGGAGAAGCAGAGAGCUGACAAGCAAAAGAAGCAGUAUGUUCGGAGUCCGUCCCCCGAAUGGGAAGAUCGGUACGAGCGGCGGGAGACGGAGAGGAACGCAGGGCCGAGCGGGAGCAAGCGACCGGCAGGGAAGGACAACUUCGGGUCGUUUUUUGGGAAGGUGGAGAAGGUGGUGGCGAAGCGGGUGGUGGAAGAGAAGCGAGCGCGGGAGAUAGCUGCUCGCGAAGCCCGAAUAGCCGAGGCGGAGAAGGCUGCGAAAGCUCGGGCAGAGAGCAGGAUGAGGGCGGCGAACAGCGGGUCGGGAAGCAAGCCCGCAGCAAAACCGAAGCCUGUGAAUCCGGCGGCAGCGAAGGCGCAGAAGCUGAAAGACAACCGGGACUACUCGUUUCUGUUUUCGGACGAGCCCCCGAGCAAACGCGGGGGAGGCGAGGGUAGGGAUUCUGGAGCAGAGCCCAGCAAGGCGUCGAGAGACGGCAGGGGCUCCGCAGAGGGUUCGGCGAAGCAGAAGUCGAUGAGUUCGAUGGGUUCACAGGGUCAAAAGGCGAAGGUGGCAGGCAAUGGUAGCGUGCGGCCUUCGUCGGGACAGGGAUCCGCGAGCGGGCAGGCCCGCCAUGCAGGUGCGAUGGCGAGCAGGGCGGGGUCUGGCGCGGAGAGGGACAGCGGUGGUCGGGAACCUCGGUACGAGAGCGAGAGAAGGUCGGAGAAGGAAGUGCGACGCGCGAGCGAAGGGAGGGCGGAACGGGGGCCACGGUUGGAUGGGGAAAGGAGGGCGGAGAGGGGGGUGGCACCGUCUCGAGCGGGAUUGGCGAGCAAGAGUGGGGUGGACGAGAGAGCAUCGUCUCGAGGAGCGGCGUCGAAGAUGGGGAUGGCGUCGGAUAGGGCAAAGAGAGACGGGCAGGAGAGGGCGAAGUCAGCGGGCUCGAAAGCUAUGAACCACGACAGAAGUGUGGUUCGGGAGUCAGUGUCGGCGAAGCAGUCGUCAGCGAGUCGGGUGGCUCAAAGUGGAGGUCAGAGGAUGAUGUCGCAGUCCGGGAAUGGGAGCGUCCGAGAGAGGAUGGUGGCGAAGUCGACAGCAGAGGUGAGGGUGUCGCAGUCGGUCCGGAGAGACAGCGAGAGGGAUGGAUCUGCGAUGAAGCGAAAGAGUGUCGGGGAGCCGGCGAGGAAGGCGGCGGUGAGUGCGAAGGCGAACGACGGGAGGAGAGUGGAGAGGCCGAGGUACGGGAGCUCGGACUCGGAGAGCGAGAUGAGAAGAGUGGUGGCAGGAGGACCUCGACCUGGAGCAUCAGGUGGGAGCAGAAUGGCUCCGGCGAGCGCGAACGGGUUGAAACGGAAAGCAGUCGACGAGCUGGAUAGGAGGAAGACGAUGGGUGUUCCGACGAGGAGGCCAGCGGCGGACGAGGCGAUGAGAAGGAAGUCGGUGGGAAGCGAGGGUACGCAGAGGAAGGCGAGCGUGGAGGUGAGGAGACCAGCAGCAAGGGAGGAGGUGGCGAGGAGCAGGCCAGCAGCCGGGAAGGAGAAGAAGAGGGUGCAGGAGCUGGACUCUGAGUACGAGUCGGACAGCGAGGACGGAGGAGGCGCUCGAGCAUCAGGGGUGUCGAGCAUCAUACAGAAGCUGUUUCGGUACAAUCCGAACAAGUACAAGGAUUUGGACGACGAAGACGACAAGAACAUGGAGACGAGUUUCCGACACAUACAGGCGGAGGAGAAGCGGAGCGCGCGGCUGGCACGGGAGGAGGACGAGAGGGAGCAGGAGUUGAUAGAGGAGGAGGAGCGGCAGGAGCGGCUGCGAAGGAUGAAGAGACAGAAGGCUCGAUGAAGUGGGGGAGUGGGAUAGGUUGCGUGGAGAGUCGGAACGCAGAGUGGGACCUGGAAGGAGGUGGGAUAAUGAGAGACGCGGUGGCGUGGUGGACAUGAUGCGGGUGGAUUUGGGUUGGUGAUGAGGUAUCGCAUUUGAUGGACACUCGAGGGCGGGAAGCGACAGGUUCGGUUUGCCACUAUCAAAGCAUGUUGCGCGUUGGCGUUGGGGAGGUGGAGGCUCUGAGGAGCCGGAGUGUGCUUGUGUACAGGGACGGAUCGACGAGCACAGUAGGAUGCCGUGGUGGGUGGAGAUGUGGAUGACCGGAGUUAGGGGAGGGUUCGGAGUUCAGAAGCGAAGGGUCGUUCGCCGAUGUAGGUAGACGAGAGGAUAGUGUGUGGUCUGGAGGAAUGGGUGUGGGGAUUCCUGGAGGCGAUUUUGUACUUGUAUGAGGUAAUUUAUGUCCCGAGGGGGACGCGGAGGGUUCGAGAAAGUGGAGUAGCGCGAGGUGGGUAGUAAUUGAGGUAUGCUGUGCAGGGAAUACAUGGGGUGGGGGUGAUGUUUAGCUUUUUUUCGUUCGAAACUGUGGGACCGUUGGAACGCGAAUUUUUUUAGGCAAGUUAUGCGUGGAAAUAGCACAGAUUUUUAGUUAAUCUUAGCAUCAUUUUUCUGCACACAUAGAACAUUGUAUGGAUUUGUUUUUUUUGUUAUGGAUUCGUGCUUUGUUCUUUUUC